GUAUUUAAUUGGAUAUGUCAACACCAAGUGUGAAAUCAAAACUUGUUUAAACUUUUGGAAGAAAGAAGAAUGCAGUUGCCAGUGCUAGCGUUAGAGAAGGAAAAGGCAUUGUCAAAGUUAAUGGUGCUCCUAUUGAAUUAGUCAACCCUGCCCCAUUGAGAUAAAAAGCUCUUGAGCCACUCUUGUUGUUAGGCUAAGUCAGAACAGGCAGAAUCGAUAUCAGAGUCACUGUUAGAGGUGGUGGUACAACUGCUUAGAUCUAUGCCAUUAGAUAGGCAAUCAGCAAGGGUAUUGUAGCAUACUAUCAAAAAUACAUUGAUGAAACAUAAAAGAGAGAAAUCAAGGAUCUUCUUUUACAAUAUGACAGAACUCUUUUGGUUGCUGAUCCAAGAAGAUGUGAACCACGUAAAUAUGGUGGUAAGGGUGCUCGUGCCAGAAGAUAAAAGAGUUAUAGAUGACUUAAAAUAAAAUCAAUUUAUAUAAAUGUACAUUAAGCAAACAAUUCUAAUUAAAUGAGCUAACCCACUCACUUCGAUCUAGAUAACAUUCAAAUUUAACAAAUAUUAAAUGAAAUUUCUGAAAAAUUUAUAAAUAAUUAAAAUUACUUCCCAAUAGAUUUCAGGACAUUAUAGACCAAUUCAAUUAAGAUUAUUAAUUUUUCAUCUACAUUUGUGAUUUAUAUAUGGAUAAUAAAUUAAAUAAUAUUAUAAAGUUUA